GCCGACACAUUCCAAUGCGUGGAUUUCUUUGAAUGGCUUGCCGACAGCAGUGGCCACACAUGUCAGAGCAGCAAUGAGAUCUGCGCCAGCGCUGGGGCGUCAACCCCAAAAAUGAUUUUGAUUCUCCUUCCGUUGUUUUGGGCGGCUGAGAGCCAACUGCCGGCAACGGUCACUCCGAACCGAAUCUGGCCAGAGGAUGCUCCCGUAGACAGCGAGUCCUUGACGGCCAGCACGGACUUCGUAUGUUCUAGAAUCAGCCAACAGCCUGAAGAAAUCCGAAGAGGUGUUGAAUAUCCCGUGCCAGAUCUGAGUGAGAAGCCUGUUGGAGGUCCUGGAUCCUUGCCAAGCCUUUUCACGAACUUCCGCCAAGAACAAGUGGGAAGGCUUCUCUCCGAAACACAGCAGCGCUGUGGCAUGGCUCGGAUGGAUCCUGAAGCAUGUAGCAAUGCUUGGAUGGACUACUUCAUCUCACUGAUCAUUCCCUUUGGACUCCCACUGAUCUUCUUUGUUGUCCUUCUAUUCCUUUGGUGCACAUGUUGCUUCGUGGCCUGCUGUCGAUGUUGCAGACAGAUGAUUUGUUGUCGAGAACGAGCUGAACCCAAGAGAACGUCUCGGACCUAUAUCAUCAUUGGCCUUGUGGUUUGGAGUAUCGCCAGCACCCUCAUCAUUGCAUUGUGCUUCCCCGUCAUAGAUGCCAGCCAGACCCUGCAUAGAGCGGUGAACUUGAACCUUUGCGUAGCUCAUCACUUUGCCAAAGAAAUCCUGCAUGGCUCGGGAUGGUUUCUGGGGAUGGAACCUGCAUUGAGACGGUUGAGCACCGUAGGUACGGCAUUUGAUGCUGAUAGUCGAUCUGUCCGGAGACUCAACGAGGUGCUUAGGACGUCGGUGACCUUCUCCACCAAGCAUGCUUUCCUGCAGCAGCGCUUGCAACAUCUGGUCGAAACGCUUUCGCAGGUGGCUGGAGUCACUGCCCCACGGCGCCUACUUGAUCACAGAUGUGUGUUUUGUAAUUUGGCCCUCGGUAGGGGCUUGGAUGGGCCGGAGGCAGCACCACCUUUGGGUUUUCCUGCGAAUGGUUUGCUGAAUGCCAUGUUGAAGGAGUUGUCGCAAUCCUCAUCUGCGGCAAUUGCGAACAUUCGGCAAAAUGCAGAGAGAGACCUGACAGGAGAGAACCUUACAGAUUUGGCGAAGAACCUGAAAAGUGCGAACUUCUCCUUCAGUGUCUUCAACGAAGCUGUGGUCAAAGAAGCACUGGCAUAUUUGUGGGUAAAGAACCGGCCUCAUAUAGACACAGUCGAGUCCAUCAGAAACUUUCUUUUUACUUUUGCUGCAGUGCUUGCGGGUGUCGGAGCUGUAAUUGGCUGGGUGGCAUUGAUACGGACACGUGUGCGCUUGAGGAAGAACAUGGCCCGCUUGCCAAGUGGUCGGCUCCACCUCACAUCAUGGUGCUGUGGCUUUGCUCAUGCGGUGAUGGCCAUGGCGAUUGGCUCCUUUCUUUUGUUUUUGUCCAUCCCGGUGGCGGAAGCCUGUGUCUUCGUCCGACAGGACUUGUUGACGCAUGCAGGCUUGGAGCGGUAUGCCUCGGUCUUUGGAGUAGUUGCACCACCAGGUGCCUCAAGCACCGAGGUGAAAGCAGCACAGGAGGCUGUGCGACUAGCACAGGCCUGUUUGUCCCAGAAUCGGACUGGUGAUAUGCUGGCAGCUGUUGGUUUGGGCGCAGAGUCAUUGCAGUUCCCACAAACUCUGAUUGAUGCCUUCUACCAACUAGAUGAUCGGAAAACCGAGCCCCCAGUUGGGGUCCAAUUUGCUGAUCUCCUCGAGCAAUUCAUCACUUUAGCUGAAGACUUUGGGAGCACCUUUGUCCUAGAUCCUCAAGCCGCAGACAACACUACGGGGUCUUGGGGAAAGCUGACUCUGAAUCCCAACAUUGAAAACUUGCUCUUGGGUUCUGGCUUAGCAGCCAGUGAUGAGGUGGCUCCGGACCAGGUGACCCGGAUCCGGGGGCUGAACGCCUACGCGGAACUCAUCGCAGGACCGGGACAGUACCGCUUCCUGCACGGCACUGCAGGGGGGGGCUUCGUGAUCCAAACAGACCGGCCCAGUGCGGCAGAGCUGAAGUCUUUGCCGUUGGAAGUGCAGAAUGCACUCCGCUAUGCCCAAAACAAGGAGAAACUCAUCACCAGCACCGAUUCCUUGCUAUGCAACACCCUUUCUAGCACCGAUGGCACUGUUCAAGCUCGCUCCUGCUCCGUGGCAGAAUUUCAGCUCUACCUGGUGUCGGAAGCAAAAUUGAUCAAGCAAGCGAUGAUAGAGACCAGUGAGGAAGCAGAGGCCAUCACGUCCUCCUUUGCGACGGACCUGAAAUCAGAACUGCUGCCAAUCCUCACCUCCUUGAAUGGCUUGGCGUCACGCUUAAACUGUGCACCCAUGUGGAAGCGGGUUGAGGAAGUGGAUAGCUCUUUUUGUAUGGACAUCGCCAAUGCACUUUCAUGGAUUGCAGUACUCAGCUUAGCACAAUCCCUGGCUGGCCUGGUGGGCCUGGUGGUCCAAUACAAGGUCUGGCGACGCUUGAAGGAUAAUAAGACCCUCACUGAAGAGCUGCGCCGCUAUGAGAAGAAACUGAAGCAGCACCAGAGGCAACUUGCAGAGCUUGAGAAGCGGGAAGCUGCGGCCAAAGAUGAUGAAUGGGCCGUAAGUGCUGCCCGCUUGGAUUUGCACAUUGACGAGGAAGACGCCCUGAACAUCAACACCCAGAGUUUGCGGUGACCUUGACAGAGCUUUGCAUGCACCAGGAUUUUCUACAGCAGUUUCCUUUGCUAAGCAAAGAGAGCAGGCAGUCGGAAAAGUCGUUCAAGUCAUUCGGAUCAUGCUGUUGAUCACAGAGCCCAGAGGUUCUUUUGGACGGAGUCUUUGCAAAGCUACCUUGUCAGAUUAUUGGUUGCAUCGAUUCUUGGGCUGUUUCGAGCAUUCUUGCGAGAAGGAUAACAUUUGACUCGGAG